GCCCUUACAAUAACCGAGCCGGUUAGUCGGCGAGAGGGGUAGCUGGCGGUGUGUGCUCUGCACAGCUCACUCCCUGCAAUGGCGCUGUGGAUUGGUAAAAUAGUUCCUCCUUUUCUACUCACCAUAACUUUGUUGCUGGUUGCAAAUGGACCGCCGUGUGCACUUUGUUGCCCGAGCCGAUGUUUAUGUUUCCGGACCACGGUGAGGUGUAUGCAUCUACACUUGGAAACUGUGCCAGCCGUUUCACCCCAGACCACCAUUCUUGACUUGAGGUUCAACAAAAUCAAGGACUUGCAACCCGGUUCCUUCAGACGACUCAAGAACCUCAACACACUACUCCUCAACAACAAUCUCAUACGAGGGAUUCCCAGGGGAGCCUUCGAAGACCUGGAAAACCUCAAAUAUCUCUAUUUGUACAAGAAUGAAAUCCAAUCAAUUGACAGACAAGCAUUUAAGGGGCUUGUGGCUCUUGAGCAACUGUACCUGCAUUUCAACAACAUUGAGUCCUUGGAGCCAGAGUCCUUCACCCAAUUGCCAAAGCUGGAACGCCUGUUUUUGCACAACAACAGAAUCACUCACCUGGUCCCAGGGACCUUCACUCACCUUGAGUCCAUGAAAAGACUGCGCCUGGACUCCAACAUGCUGAACUGUGACUGUGAGCUGCUGUGGUUGGCCGACCUGCUGAAGCAGUACUCCGAGUCGGGCAACGCCCAGGCCGCCGCCACCUGCGACCACCCCGGGAGGCUGCAGGGCCGCUCGGUCGCCACGCUCAGCGCCCAGGAGCUCAACUGUGAGGUUCCCAGGAUCACGUCGGAGCCCCGGGACGUGGACGUGACGUCGGGGAACACCGUGUACUUCACCUGCCGGGCUGAGGGGAACCCUAAACCGCAGAUCAUCUGGCUCAGGAACAACAAUGCUCUGAACAUGCGUGACGACAGCCGGCUGAACCUGCUGGAGGACGGCACCCUGAUGAUCCAGGACACCCGGGAGACGGACCAAGGCGUGUACCAGUGCAUGGCCAAGAACGUGGCUGGGGAGGUCAAGACCUCAGAGGUCACCCUCAGAUACUUCGGGGCGCCCUCCCGGCCCAGCUUCGUCAUCCAGCCCCAGAACACGGAGGUGUUGGUGGGGGAGAGCGUGACGCUGGAGUGCAGCGCCACGGGCCAGCCGCAGCCGCGCGUCUCCUGGACCAAGGGGGACCGCACGCCGCUGCCCAGCGACGCGCGCAUCAACAUCACGCCGUCCGGCGGCCUCUUCAUCCAGAACACGGUGCAGGAGGACGGCGGCCAGUACACCUGCUUCGCCUCCAACAACGUGGACACCAUCCACGCCGGCGCACACAUCAUCGUUCAGGCCGUCCCCCAGUUCACCGUCACCCCCCAGGACCAGUCUGCGCUGGAGGGCCACACGGUGGACUUCCCCUGCCAGGCCAGCGGCAACCCGCAGCCCGUCAUCGCCUGGACGCGGGGCAACAGCCCGCUGCCCCAGGACCGCCGGCACCAGGUGCUGUCCAGCGGCACGCUGCGCGUCUCCCGCGUGGCGGCCCACGACGAGGGCCAGUACGAGUGCCAGGCGGUCAGCCCCGUGGGCACCGCCCGGGCCGCCGCGCAGCUCAGCAUCCAGCAGAGGGUAACGCCUGUUUUCACAAAUGCUCCAAGGGACCUGACGGUGGAGUCUGGCCAGGACGCCCAGAUUCCCUGCAGCGCUCAGGGCCAACCUCAGCCCGUCCUCACCUGGAACAAGGAUGGGGUGCAGGUGACAGAGAGCGGCAAGUUCCACAUUAGUCCUGACGGCUUCCUGGAGGUCAAGGACGUGGGCACGGCCGACGCCGGCCGCUACGAGUGCGUGGCGCGCAACCCCAUCGGCUACCAGGCCGUCAGCAUGGUGCUCUCAGUCACAGUACCGGCAGUGAGCAGAGAGGGCGACACUUUCGUCAGCUCCUCCAUAGAGCAGGCCAUUCGCAACGUGGACAGCGCCAUAGAGUCCACGCGGAGACGCCUCUUCGAUGGGCAGCCCCGGACCCCGGGGGAGCUGCUGGCCCUGUUCCGCUACCCGCGGGACCCCUACACGGUGGGGCAGGCCCGGGCCGGGGAGAUCUUCGAGCAGACCCUGCUGCUCAUCCAGAACCACGUCAACCGCGGCCUCAUGGUGGACACCAACGGCACCGCGUUCCGGUACAACGACCUGGUCUCCCCCCACUUCCUGGAGGUGAUCGCCAACCUGUCGGGCUGCACGGCGCACCGGCGCUUCAACAACUGCUCCGACAUCUGCUUCCACCAGAAGUACCGCAGCCACGACGGCACCUGCAACAACCUGCAGCACCCCAUGUGGGGCGCCUCGCUCACCGCCUUCGAGCGGCUGCUCAAGUCGGUGUACGACAACGGCUUCAACCUGCCGCGCGGCGCCAGCGAGCGCGCGCACAACGGCUACCGCCUGCCGCUGCCCCGCCUGGUGUCCACCGCCAUGAUCGGCACGGAGACGGUCACGCCCGACGACCGCUACACGCACAUGCUGAUGCAGUGGGGCCAGUUCCUGGACCACGACAUGGACGCCACCGUGUCGGCCCUCAGCCAGUCGCGCUUCUCCGACGGCCAGCUGUGCACCACGGUGUGCACCAACGACCCGCCCUGCUUCCCAAUCCAGUUCCCGGCCAACGACCAGCGGCAGCUGCGCAGCGGCGCCCGCUGCAUGUUCUUCGUGCGCUCCAGCCCCGUGUGCGGCAGCGGCAUGACCUCGCUGCUCAUGAACAGCGUGUACCCGCGCGAGCAGAUCAACCAGCUCACCGCCUACGUGGACGCCUCCAACGUGUACGGCAACUCCCGCCACGAGUCGGACGAGAUCCGCGACCUGGCCAGCCAGCGGGGGCUGCUGCGGCAGGGCAUCAUCCAGCGCACGGGGAAGCCCCUGCUGCCGUUCGCCACGGGCCAGCGCACCGAGUGCAUGCGGGACGAGAACGAGAGCCCCAUCCCCUGCUUCCUGGCCGGGGACCACCGGGCCAACGAGCAGCUGGGGCUGACGGCCAUGCACACGGUGUGGUUCCGGGAGCACAACCGCGUGGCCACCGAGCUGCUGCGGCUCAACCCCCACUGGGACGGGGACACCAUCUACCACGAGGCCCGCAAGAUCGUGGGCGCCCAGAUGCAGCACAUCACCUACAGCCACUGGCUGCCCAAGGUCCUGGGCGAGGUGGGCAUGAAGCAGAUGGGCCAGUACGUGGGCUACAACCCCAACAUCAACGCCGGCAUCCUCAACUCCUUCGCCACCGCCUCCUUCCGCUUCGGCCACACCCUCAUCAACCCCAUCCUGUACCGGCUGGACCAGGACUUCCAGCCCAUCCCCCAGGGGCACAUCUCCCUGCACCGGGCCUUCUUCUCGCCCUUCCGCAUCGUCAACGAGGGCGGCAUCGACCCGCUCCUGCGCGGCCUCUUCGGCGCGGCGGGCAAGAUGCGCGUGUCCACACAGCUGCUGAACACGGAGCUGACGGAGCGGCUCUUCUCCAUGGCGCACGCCGUGGCGCUGGACCUGGCCGCCAUGAACGUGCAGCGGGGGCGGGACCACGGCAUACCGCCGUACAACGACUACCGCACCUUCUGCAACCUGACGUCGGCGCAGAGCUUCGAGGACCUGCGGAACGAGAUCAAGAACCCCUCGGUGCGGGAGAAGCUGCAGAGGCUGUACGGCACCCCUCUGAACAUAGACCUGUUCCCGGCUCUGAUGGCGGAGGACCUGGUCCCGGGCAGCCGGCUGGGGCCCACCCUCAUGUGUCUGCUGUCGGCCCAGUUCAAACGGCUGAGGGACGGAGACAGGUUCUGGUACGAGAACCCGGGCGUGUUCUCUCCGGCCCAGCUGACCCAGCUGAAGCAGGCGUCGCUGUCCCGCGUGCUGUGCGACAACGGCGACAACAUCACACGCAUCCAGCAGGACGUGUUCUCGGUGGCCGAGCUGCCCCACGGCUACGGCAGCUGCGACGACGUGCCCAAGAUCGACCUGCGCAUGUGGCAGGACUGCUGCGAAGACUGCCGAACCAAGGGCCAGUUCAACGCCCUAUCCUAUCACUUCAGAGGACGCAGGUCAGCUGACCACAGCUACACUGGGGAUAAACCAGACACGAGCGCCCAGGAGACCAGUCCAGAGGAUGGAACCAAAGAAAAUGCUGUGAAUGUCACUUUGACCUCCAAGGCCAGCACUGAACCCACAGCCAACGACUUCCAAGACUUUGUCUCCGACAUGCAGAAGACAAUUACAAGUUUGCGCAAACAGAUUAAAAGACUUGAAGCCCGUCAGAGCAAGACGGACUGCACUGACUCUGAGGGCCGCGCCCGAACAGACGGAGACCGCUGGAGGCAGGAGGCCUGCACCACGUGUGAAUGCAGAGACGCCCAGGUCACAUGCUUCGUGGAGUCCUGCCCGCCAGUGGCGUGCCAGAAGCCCGUCAAACUAAAGGGCGCCUGCUGCCCCGCGUGCCUCCAGAGCGAGGCCGCCACGCCCGAGCAGCGGACGGACAGCCGCCACGCGUAAUACCUCCCGCCCCCCCCAAAACCCAUCCUCUAACCCCCCCCCCCCCCCCCCCCCCCCCCCCAUCCAAACCUCCCACCACCGUCGCCCUCAGGACCUCCCCAGCCACACUCCAGCCCUGCGGUGGUCACCGUGGUGUCAGUUACACUCCCAAUCUCUCACACACACACAUACACAACCAUGCAGAGAACGAGACUCUCCAAGGCAACGCUCAGCCUUGGCCACCCACACCAGCUCCCCCCCCCACCAACCACCCCGGUAUCAGUGUUUUAUAUUAUAUUGUUGUUGUUUUUGUUGUUGUUUUUACACAGAGAAUUUUUGUUUUGUUAUUAUUAUUAUUAUUAUUGUUGUUGUUGUUGUCGCUUUCUCUGAGACCAGCACUCAGCCUGGUGCUUCCCGGCCGUCUCCUCUUCCUCCUCCUCCUCCUCCUCCUCCUCCUCUGCCGGCGAUUUGAAACGGACUGAUAUUCCCGAAGCGGAUGGUGGGAUGCAGAACGGACAGAGCGAGUCUCUUCCUCCAAGUGUGACUAACACACGGUACACGACGGGGAGAGAUGAGUCCAUGGGGGAAGGUGGCGGCCAUUUUGUUGUCUCACAAAUACUUUCUCAGGUUAGAGAUUCCGAAAAAAAAGCUUGGUGCUAUUUUCCUUCCUCUUUAACAAAUGAUUUAGUCACUAAAGACAAAACCUGUAAAGUAUUGGUUUUUUUCUCUUAUUUGUUUGUUACGUUUUUCUUUUAACAGUAUGCAAAGAUACAUAUAUAUACACAUAUGAUAUGCCUCUUUAUGGUAAACAACAAUUGAGAGAAUAUACUUAGGACCUUUUGUAAUUCAAAUUGAACUUUAAUCUGAGGUGCUUUUAUAUAGUUUUAUAAUUGUGUAUUUUCUUCUCCCUUUUUUGCUAAAAAAAAUCUUUGCGUGUGAAGAUAAUGUGAAUCCCUACACGACAAAAAAAAAACUUUGUAAUUAAACAAAAAUGUCUACUGAAUAUAAUUGCCUCUCUCCACAAUGGACAGCUUGUUGGUUCACAUACAUCUGGGAUUUCUGUAUCUGCCGGCCUGUCCCUGAACUUGACUGAGGUUUUGCCAUUUGGCAGUGCCCCCUUCCACCACCUCAUCCACAUAAGCUUCAUGCAAUGUUACUGUGCUAACCUUUUAUCAUGCGACUUUCAAAAAUCUGUUGAAGAUACCAACAAUAAUAUGUUCAACCAUGAUAUUUUUGUGUACCUUUCCGAAAGUCGUUUUUUCUACUUUUUCCUUCACAAUUUCCUGAUAAUGUAAAACUUAUAAUUGAUAAUAGCGUGUGUGUACUUUUUUUAUCCAAGGAAAUAUUUAAAUGUUGUAACAGAAGUCAGGACCUCAACUUAAUUACUACCCUGCCGGUUUUAGUCUGUAAUCACGGCCUUGUGUUUUGUGUUGUGUUGCCUUUUUAGACCACAAUCGAUGCGUAAAUAACAAACUGAAGGACUGUUGCUGAAAACGAUUGUCACCAUUUCCUAUGCUCAUGUUAACCCGCAGUCCUCCUCAGUAUUUGUGCGGAGGCCAUUUUAUGCAUUCCUUUGUCAAGCACUCAUUCAUGACACCGCACCUCGUCUCUGUUCCAAUUGUUUGCUUUCUGUGCUGUUACGGCUGGGUUUAUUGUUGUAUUUUUGUACGCUUGUGUGUGAGCAAUCCCUGAUUUCUGACGGGUGCCAAGCAAAGAAAACACAUCUUUCGAAAUCUUUCGCCGAGUGUUGACUUCUUAUACCCUUUUUUCGAGCCGGAGAAUAAACCAAAGAGGGCUGACGUCAGUUAGGCCAAACUCGCGUGAAGCGCAGGACUAUUUAGCCCUCUGACCCCAAUUCCACAAUAAUGGAAGCCAUAUGAGCAGGCGAAAAGAAAAGGGUUGGCAUGGCUGAGGCUGGGGGAGGGGGGGGGGGGGGGGGCGUGUCAAUCGAAACAGCAGCCUCAGCAGCAUUUAUAUUCUCUGUGACCCGAUUGAGAUUUGACUUUUUUGUUUGUCCUUUCUUACCUCCGUCGACGCAAGCCGCUCACACACCGCUGCUCCGCGUCACCCGAGACACCGCGUUGACCUCGCGCUUACCAUCGCCUUUUGCUCGCUCACUGUAAAAGUAUAACACCCCUCUCAGAGGGCAAGCGGUACGCCAGGGGAUCAGUAUGUGAGGAAUGGAGUGAGGCCAUGCUGGAGAGGUGCUGUCGGACGCUGCAUUGAAGUGUUCGUCUCUCUCUCUCUCUCUCUCUCUCUCUCUCUCUCUCUCUCUCUCUCUCUCUCUCUCUCUCUCUCUCUCUCUGCUCUGCUCUGCUCUGCUCGGGUCAUUCGUUGGAUGACUUUUGUUUCCCCCCUGUCUCCAUAUUUGUGGAUUGUCUCAAAACACACAUUGACCGAAUCUGUGUGUUUGUGUUUAAUGAGUGUGGGGGUGUGUGUGUGUGGGUGUGUGUGUACGUGCGAGCAUGUGUGUUUGUUUAUGGGUGUGCGCAUACGGACAAAAACACUCCCAAGGUUUGCUUGGCCACAGCGCUGGGACCUCUUUUCCUUUGCCUCAUCGUUCGUCAUGUCAAAACGUCAUUCCUUCUAAUUUUGCAGUGUGACUUCCCCCCCCCCCCCCCCCCAGUCUAUGCUCUCAUCUGUUUCUCAUUGACUGCUCUCCAUCUCUUGUGUUUCUGUUUUUUGUUUCCCAACCCAUCGCCAAACUACAGUAACACAACCAUGAAUCAAUGGCGUGCACUGCUCUCCCCGAGACGGAGAGCGUGUUUCCUACACUGUCCCCCUAGACGUGGCUCCUGUAGAUAUAGUUCCUAUCUGACAUUUGUAUUGUACGUUUGCCAAAGAAUUGUUUGCACUGUAAUGUAUGCCUCUCAAUAAUAAUAAUAAUAAGAUUAAUAAACAGACAAAAAGGA